AUGGAAAUCACUCAGUUGGUACAAGAUUACAAGGAAUUUUUAAAUUUUUUUGGAGAUUACCUAUUCUACCAAGAACAAAGCAAUUCAUGUGGAAAUGUAUCAAGCAUUCUUCCUACAAGAGAUACUCUGGUAGGAGUCAUUCAAGAUGAUAAUUUCAGCUGCCCCUUUUGCACCCAGCAAAUUGAAACUGCUUCUCAUAUUAUUCUUGAAUGUCCUCUUUCUAAGAUAGUUUGGUUUGCAGUUAUGGGAUUGCACAUAGUACAGGGAAGUAUGUUAUCUGACUGGAUUUGUGGAUGGUUUGAUAAAGUGAUUAACAAACAGAUUCAGGAAAGUGAUUUAUGCAAGAUAGGAAUAAUUGCUUGGUGCAUCUGGAAUUCUAGGUAUGAUAGGGUCUUCAAAGAUGUCUCUUUAACUCCUGAAAGCAUCAUCCAGAGAUGUAGAAGAGAAUUUGCAGUGCUUGAUCACAGGCCAUCUACAAACUACAGACUUCUUGCUCCUCAUAAUAGAAAUAACAUUUACUGGCAACCACCUUUGCAUGAAUUUUUUAAAAUUAAUUCCGAUGGUUCUUUUAUUUCUGCGAAUAGUACUGGAGGUAUAGGAUUAAUCUGUCGAGAUUUUGCAGGUGCACAUCACGGAUCAAAAUGCAUCUAUCUAAGCAGUGCAACUAGUCCAGAACAAGCGGAGAGUAAAGCUCUUUGGGAAGCAAUGAAAUGGGCGAUGGAGAAGAACCUGAAGAAAGUGAUUUUCGAGUUGGACACAAAGCUUGUUGUGGAUGCUAUGUUGGGGGAUGCACUCAAUAUUGAUUGGAGAUUACACAAUCUUAUCUUAGAUAUCAAGAACGUAUUAAAACUUCAUAUCUCUUGGCAAUGUUCCUAUGUGCCUAAAGAGAAAAAUAAAGUAGCAGAUAGUUUGUCUAAACUAGCUAGAACUCAGUUAAUUAGUGGUGUUUGGAUUUGA